GCUCGCGUGACAGAGCAGUGACGAUGGAGGAAGAGCAAGACGCGCAUCAUCGCCGGCAGAUCUGCAACAACUGCGAUCGUCCAAACGCGAUUUGUCUCUGCCACGUCUUACCGGCGGAUCUAAUUCCGACGAAUACAAAAAUCAUCAUCCUCCACCAUCCACACGAGUCACGCCACAAGCUCAACACCACACCUCUCCUUACCAAAUCCUUACGAAACGUCAUCAGAAUCCCCGCCCGCCGUAUCCUCCGCCGUCACAUCUCCACCGUCGGAGAAACCUCUUCCCCAUCACCACCAACAAUCUACCUCUUCCCUUCUUCUCCUUCCUCUCCCGCCAUCACUAUAUCCGAAUUCAAAUCCCUAAACCUCUUAAACCAUCGAGACAUCUCAAAUCCGCCGCCGCUGAGACUCAUCGUAUUCGACGCGACGUGGAAGCACGCGAAGGAGAUGGUGAAAGCUAGCGAGGAGGUUUUAAGAGAAGCAGGAGCGGUUAGAGUAUGCUUAGAUACGGAAAUAGACGCAUCUGUGAGCGGAGGAACCAUAUACGAUUCAGAGCUUGUGCUAAGGAAGGAACCAUUCGGAGGAUGUGUAACUACGGCGGAGGCAGUGGCACGGUGCUUAGGAGCCAUUGAACCGGACGGUGAAGAAAUCGAGAAGAAGCUGAUUAGUGUUUUGAAAGAGAUGGUGAGAUUCCAAUCUAAGUACUUGAAGCCCAUGAAACCAAGACCCAAGUUAUUGAAGAAGAGAUUUCAGAAUCAGCAACCACUUGAACAAGAAUGAGUUUCGUCCUUAGUUUUAAAUUCUAGUUUAGCAAACUCUAUGAUUUUUGAUGACAUUUUUGUUACAUUAGUUAAUAUACAUAAUUCUGUGAUUUCUCUAACUUAUUCACAUUUUUUGCGAAGUUGGAGUAAACAAAUCAAUCAGUA